CCUAAUCUAAUAAGGCUCACUGAUCUUACUCAAACGAUGAUCUCCUACAUGAAAGAUCUGGGCAUUAAGGAAACUAAAGAGUCCUCCAAGACACAUCUUCGCACGAAACUUGAGGCAGAGUUUGGCAGUUUAUUACAGUUUGAAGACCUGCUUGGUAACAACAGAGUGUUUAUUAUCCCUGCCAACUUGUCACAACUUCAGUUGGCUAAAGAAGUAGCGCGAUUACAGCAACUGCAGUGCGAAGGUCAAGCAUCAUUAAUGGAUGACAUCCGACGAGUUGCUCUAGAAGUUCGGAAAGCCAUAUGUUGCAAAGAAAACGAGAUGUCGUGGCCUCCUAAGCCUUCCCAGCUCACUGAAGAGGAAAUAAAUCUUCCUGAUGAAGUCAGAGUGUUUCUAGCUACCUUGUUGACAGGAAAUUCAAAGUAUCCAGAAGAACCGUGCUCAUCAAAAGUCCAGCGGCUUGUCAACUCGUUUGGGCAGGACAUGGUAUUAGGAGUGACUGGCGGCCGAAAGAAGCCUCCAAAACACAUAUUACUUCCCUAUGCUGUCAAGACCUUGACAAAUAACGUAGAACUAAUUCAGAUCUUGAAUCGAUGUGGACAUGGGGUAGCCUACUCACAAAUCGAAGAAUUGAACACAGCGUUGUGUCUUCAGAAAAUGGCAAUGACCCCGGAAAAUGCCGUCCCGCUUCCUGACAACAUCAAGCCUCACAUCAGUACAUCGCUUGCCUGGGACAACAUAGACAGAUUAGAGGAAACACUCUCAGGUGGGGGGACGUCGCAUAGAGUAAAUGGCAUCGCAAUACAAGCUCAACAUCUUGGUCCCGAUCUUCCUCCAGUCCAAACAAGUCCAAACAAAGAAGCCUUGAAGUAGUAAGCGAAUGCGAUCUUCCCAUCUAUAAUGCAGGAGAGCGCUGUGGUCCCCCUCCGAGAUCCUAUGUUGAAGUAUCCUCAACAGAGAUACAAAGAAAUGCUUGGAAGAAGAAUCUCUUGUGGAUUAUUGUUCGGCUCCAUGCUGCCGAAAAGCAGAACGUU